CCCUCGCUUCUUAUAAAAGACUUGCAAGAAUCUCUUAAUUUCUGUCACUGUCAAGUCCUCCAUUCCAAUUUCAGGUUACGCAUCGAGAUGAGUUACUACGAUCAACACCAGCAUCAGCCUCCGAUCGGCGUUCCUCCUCCGCAGGGGUAUCCAACAAAGGAUGCUUAUCCUCCGUCAGGCUACCCAGUGCAAGGAUAUCCUCCACCGGGCUACCCCCAGCAAGGGUACGCUCCACCACAGUAUGCCCAGGCUCCACCUCCAAGGCAAGACACCAGUUUUCUUGAGGAUGGUAUGCCCUUCUCUUUCUCACGCUUGUAGAUGAUGUUUUUUCUGAAAUUCUUGGACAAUUGCUUCUGCACAUACCGUCCGCUUUAUUUCAAGAAAUCUGCCUAGCAUGUUUUGGAUAGAUAUUAUAUUCCUGGUAGGAAUUUAACUAGUUAGAACAGCUCGACUGCAAUUGAGCUGAACCUAGCGUUGUUUGAUCAUUCAAGUUCUUGGGGUCUUUAGCUCGGACUCGGAUUAUAAAAUACAACAUGUUUAUCUCCUUUGUUUAUUCCCCGUUUCGAAAGUCGUAGUGGCUAUCCUCUUGAGGUUUCGUCUUUCUUUUUUCUUCGUAAGCUAAGGUCCUGUUUUGUUUUCUUGUUAUCCUGCUUUGUAAGAUUUCAAAAAAGUUAUAAGCUGUCUAGCAAAACAUAAAUGUUGAACGAAAUUUGUUUGGAUAGAAGUAUUUCCAAAUAAUCUCGAAAACAUGAGCGUACGAGGAUUGUAAAUAAAAAUACAAGUGCUGUUCUCUGUAAGCAUAAUGUCUGUUCUGCUGUUGUGUUACUCUAAUUGCCCUUUAUUACGGAUGAGAAAAGUCACAUGUAACAUGCAUCAAAUUGCAUAUGAAUUAGCCUUUGAAGUCUGUACUUACCAGUCUGUAUAUUUUGCAGUUUAGCGGCACUCUGCUGCUGUUGCCUGCUGGAUGCUUGCUUUUGAAGAGAGGUGUCUGUUCAGCACAUUCGCGCGGUCAUUCCAGGAGGCAGCAUCAUCGUCAUCUUCUUUCAAGUAUGAUAUAAUUCAAUAGUAGGAUUUCUUUUGUUAGCUUUUGCCACAGACCACAACUUGUAGAAAUGUAUUAGCACGACUCGGAUAUUUUUAAAGACUCCAUUAUUGUCUGAAUUUUUGACA